GCAAUGGAAGACCUAAUUGGCAAGAAACUCCUUCUUCAGAGAUCAUGAAACAAACUAUCCUUCCAAAUGGUUUAGUGGGAUUCAGGUUCGUUCGUUCAACGCUUUCGGGCAAAGUUUCUUCUACAAUAAGGGAGAUGCGUAACCAUUCCUCCUAG